CCGGUUUAGUCUAUCUCCUGGCGCUAGACGCGACGAGUGCCGAGAGGGGUUGCGGCGCACCGAGGCAGAGGGGUUGCGCGCGUGGUUGUACGUCAUCUCGCUCCUGAUCCUACGCCUCUUGCAUACACACGUACACGCAUACGCGCACACCACGCAUACGCGUUCACCACGUCUUUCAGAGAUCCUAUAUCCCCCUACCUACCGGAACUUGUCAGACUUCGCGCCACCCUUAUGUUUAUACCGAUACACAGUUGGAAGCCGGACAGGUGAACUCACUGCCCCGAUCUCCCCACGAUGAAACGGGAGUGGUAGGUCCUUCUCGCUCUCGUCGUUAUCCAUCCACCUGUCCAUCUGCCUGUCCUCUGGUCUCUCGCGAAAUUUUCCAAGGAACUCGAUGACGACGGCACCGCCGGCAGGAAUGGACGCGAGAUCGCAAAAGAGACAGCUCGUCAGGCAUCGGCCAUGCACCACGUAUCGGUCGACCCACCACGUGGAUCGUGGUCUCGUGCUCUUAUCGCUGGUACCGUUCGCGCUUCUCCUCGUCCUCGGGGUUGGCACCUCCGACGCCUCCUACGAGACGCAGGGACCCAGCUUCGUCACGGAGCCGCCGUCCAGGGUGGAGUUCACCAAUGUGAACGGCGGCCGGGUGGACUGCACCGUGCGUGGAAAUCCUCUGCCGACCGUCGACUGGCUCGCGGCGGACGGCGGCAGCAUAACGAACAUCCUCGGCAUCAGGCACGUCCUCGGCAACGGGACGAUACACUUCCCCGCGUUCGAGGCCGAGGCCUUCCGGCAGGACGUUCACUGGGCCAUUUACAAGUGCUCGGCCGUCAACAGUGUCGGCGCGGUCGUUAGCAGAGACGUCACCGUCAGAGCAGUGGUAAACCAACGUUACGACCCGGAAGUGCAAAGUCCCAGCGGCUUCCUCGGCAACAACGUGCUCAUGCGCUGCAACGUUCCCAGCUUCGUUCGCGACCACGUCACGGUCACGUCUUGGCUCCAAGAACCGGCCUUCAAUAUUUAUCCCUCCACCAUGGGCGUCUUGCGUAGAUGGUACUACAACAGGAAUCAGAGGGAGGAACCGAUCGAAGAGUCGUCGGGUCAUUACGUGGUGCGUGACGGCUCCUUGAUCAUUCAGAACGUCGAGGAGAACGACGCCGGCUCCUACAUCUGCGCCGCCAGCAAUUCCGAAGGCAGGGAAACUUUGGAGAUCAGAUUAACGGUGUCUGCACCGCUGAGCGUUCACGUGCAGCCGGCGAUACAAACCGUCGAUCUGGGGAAAUCCGCCUAUCUGACGUGCACCGCAAGUGGAUUUCCGCAAGCGGCACUCUAUUGGCUGAAAGACGGUCAGCCAUUGAGAACGGGCGCCCGGGUAAGGACGGUCUCCAGCGAGCGCAUUUCCGUGACGUCAGUCGCGAGGGAGGAUCGCGGCAUGUACCAGUGCUUCGUGCGGAACGAGUACGAAAUGGCUCAAGGAAUUGCGGAAUUGCGCUUAGGAGAGAUCGCGCCGCAGCUGGUCUACAGGUUUAUCGAACAGACAAUGCAGCCCGGUCCAUCGGUUUCUCUGAAAUGCAGCGCCGCGGGUAAUCCCACGCCGCAAAUUUCCUGGCUGCUAGAUGGAUUUCCGCUUCCACAAAACGACAGGCUCCUGAUUGGCCAAUACGUGACCGUGUACGGGGACGUAAUAUCCCACGUUAAUAUCACGAGCGUGAAGCCCGAAGACGGCGGCGAGUACGAGUGCAUCGCCAGCAGCCGCGCCGGCGAGGCGAGGCACUCGGCGAGGCUCAAUAUCUACGGACUGCCAUACGUCAGACCGAUGUCGCCCGUUUCAGCGGUCGCGGGGAAGCAACUAUAUAUCAAGUGUCCUGUAGCCGGUUAUCCCAUUGAAUCGAUAGUGUGGGAGAAAGGGGACGUAAAACUGCCUACCAAUAUGAGACAGAGAGUCGCCAACGGCACCCUGUUCAUCGAUACCGUGCAACGCAGUGCCGACGAAGGCACGUAUACAUGCACUGCCAGAAACAAACAUAAUUACACGUCGCAUCGCUCGGUCGAAGUACGUGUUCUAGUGCCACCUAAAAUCACGCCUUUCAGUUUUGCUCGCGAUUUAAACGUAGGGGACCGUACUAGCGUACAGUGCGUAGUCGUGACCGGCGACCUACCACUGACAUUCACGUGGCUCAAAGAUAACGUCCCGAUAGAGACGAUCAGGACGUUGCCGUCGUCGCAGGAUACGCCGUCGGGCAGCCGCGCUCGGUCGCCGGCCGGUCCUGGGAUGGACGCGAUGAUUAACGGGGGCCCCAAGCUAAGGGGCCCUGCAACCAUGACCGCCUCCGGCCCCUCCGGGCAUGACGAAGCGUCCUCCUCGUCCCAGAGAAAGAGCAUUACCAUCGGGAUACAUGACGCUUUUACCAGCGCCCUGAGCAUUAGCACGAUCGCACCCGCGCACAAUGGCACGUACACCUGUCGCGUGACCAAUGGCGCUGCAACCGUCGCUCAUUCUGCACUCCUUCACGUCAACGGCACCAGCGUAAGAUCGCAAGAGGUGUGUUGCAUACUCUCUCCCAUUAUCAUGUCACAACGUAACGUUUAUAGUUCCGCCGCGGAUCUCGCCGUUUUUUUCGGAAACGGUGUGAUGGAGGGGGAGCGGACACAGCUUAUGUGUACGACGAGCCAGGGCGACCAGCCGCUCAACAUCACGUGGUUGAUGGACGAGAAACCGAUUCAGGUCAGACCGAGCGACGGUGGUACAUCGGUGUCGUCGGUCCAGACCGCCGCCGCCGCCGCCGCCGCUACCGUCGAGACCAGCAACGGCAUACAGAUAAACGACUAUCCGCCGUUUUCCAGCAUCCUGACGAUAAAUAGCGUCAGCGCUAGCCACAGCGGCAACUACACGUGUCAGAUCAGCAACGUCGCUGGCCUGGCCGAGCACUCGACCAGCCUCUCAGUCGCUGUACCUCCGAGGUGGACCGUGGAACCUAUCGACCAGAACGCGGUUGUAGGUCACGGCGUCUCCAUCGCCUGUCAGGCCGAAGGAUUCCCCAUUCCGAGUGUGACUUGGAAGCAAUCUAUCGGUGAAACUCCAGGUGACUACCGGGAGCUGGGAUACGGCACGGAGGGCGCCGGCGUGGCCAGAAACGGAUCCUUGGUGAUCCCGCGGGUAUCGCGAGAUCACGCCGGAUUCUAUCUAUGCCAGGCGAACAACGGCAUCGGGCCCGGCCUCAGCAAGCUUAUUCGACUAACAGUUCAUGCGGGCCCCCAGGUGACAGUAAGGACAAGGCAGGAAUCGGUGCGACGAGGGGAGAGCGUAAUAUUACGCUGCGAGGCCGAGGGAGACGCGCCUCUUGAUCUUAGCUGGCGUGUUCGUGACAGCAAGAUCGAUCCUAAUUACGAUGUUAGGUACGUGGUGGACAAUACGGUGGACGUCUCGGGACGCGUCACCACCGAGCUGCGGAUCAUUCAGGCGAGCCACAUGGACCGCGGCGACUACGUCUGCGUCGCCGCGAACGCGUACGGCCGCGACAAGGCGACGAUCCACCUGCUGGUGCAGGAGCCGCCCGACUUCCCACGUAAUCUGCACGUGGCCGAGCAGGGCAGCCGGUCGAUUCUGCUGGCCUGGUCCUCGCCGACGACGGAUCGGGACCCGAGCCACGCCAGCUCGCCCAUCACCAAUUACAUCGUGCAGUACAAGGAGGCGCAAGACGUGUGGCAUGAGCACAACACGCAGAAGCUGGUAGCCGGAGACAACACGGUCGCUCGGGUAUCGUCCCUAAAACCCGCGACUACCUACCACUUUCGAGUGCUUGCGGAAAAUCAUCUUGGAACAUCAGCGCCAAGCGACAUCCUUCAUGUGCAAACGGAUGGCGAAGUGCCCGGUGGACCGCCCAGGCACGUCUCCGUGGAGCCCCUGGGCCCGCAGCAGCUCAAGAUCACGUGGCAACCGCCGGAUCGAUCUCUCUGGAACGGCGAACUACUCGGAUACACCAUCGGCUACACCAAUCUCGGAGGAGAUGAUCAAUUGACGAAUACGACGCGAGUAGGAAUCACAGGAAAUGGGGACGGCUCGCACGAUUACAGGCUAACCGGCCUACGAAAAUAUACCCAAUAUAGCAUAGUUGUAAAGGCGUUCAAUAGCAAAGGAGACGGCCCGGGAUCCGAUCCCGUGACGGCGCACACAUUGGAGGAUGUUCCAAGUGCGCCACCGCAGAAUGUAGCCUGCGCCGCGCUGAAUGGUCAGAACAUCCAGGUGACCUGGAAAACACCGCCUUUCGACAAAGUUCACGGGGUCGUGCUGGGAUACAAGCUGCUGUACGAGGCUGCCUCGGACUCGCAGACCGGCAGAGAGACGAAAGUCAGUCAUGCUCUCAGCACGGUCCUGCACACCCUCACCCCGUACACCAACUACACGGUGCAGGUGCUCGCCUACACCAAGGCUGGGGACGGCGUCGCGAGCAGCGCGGUCUCCUGCACCACCGGGGAAACCGUUCCCGACGCGCCGGAACGCGUGAAGGCGGUGGUGAGCGGCGAGAACGCCGUCGUGAUAUCCUGGUUGCCACCCCGACGACCGAACGGGCUGCUCAUCCAGUACACCGUCUACAUUCGCGUGCUGGAGCAAGGCCAGGAGGUGAAGAUCACGAAGAAUAUUCUGCCCGCGGAGAACACGCAUCACGAGGCGACGGGCUUGAAGAUGCACGAGACCUAUGAGGCGUGGGUCACGGCCUCGACUAAGGUCGGUCAGGGCUCCAGCACGCCGGUUAUCAAACUUCAGCCCAGCACUACCGUUCCAGCUGCCAUAAUAUCGUACGGCGUUCCCAUCGUGGUGCCGUGGCGAAUGGACAUUGAAAUGCGUUGCCUCGUCGUCGGCGAUCCUCGACCGAGCGUCGAGUGGCGGCGCGCCGACAUGAAAUUGCAGCAGAAAUCCGACGUGGGGCCGGACAAUACCUUGACUCUGAGAAACGUGCAGAGGAGUCACGAGGACAAUUAUUCGUGCCAUGCGAAGAAUUCGCUCGGCACGGACGAAAUUACGUACACGCUGCAUGUACAAGUACCGCCGACGUCGCCGACUCUGUUGGCGACCGGCACGACGACCGACGCCAUCCAACUGCAGUGGAAGCAGGGCGACAACGGCGGCGCACCUAUUAAGGGAUUUCUCCUGGCUUAUCGUCGGGAAUUCGCCGAAUGGGAGGAGGUGAUGCUGGACCGACGUGAGAGCACGCAUCUCCUCGAGGGCCUGCAGUGCGGCACGCGAUAUCAAUUCACCCUGGCGGCGUUCAACAGGAUCGGGAGCGGCAGCGCGAGCGACAUACAGACGGCGAAGACCAACGGCUCGAAGCCGAUCCCGCCGCUGAAGCAUCACUUUGUCAAGCCGAAUCAAACGUUCGUUAUUCUAGAAUUGGCAGCCUGGCAGGACGGCGGCUGCCCGUUGACCUACUUUGUCGUUGAGUAUAGGAGACUGCCCGGGGAUUGGCUGCUCGUCUCCAACAACGUGCCGCCGCAGUCGAAAUUCCCCAUCGUGGAUCUGGAUAGCGGCACCAGCUACGAGGUCCGCGUGACGGCUUACAACAACGCCGGUUCCACCCAGGCUGAGUACCUGUUCAGCACGCUGUCACAGAACGGAAACAACCGCUUGCACGAGGAUCAUCCGCAGGAGAGCGAGACCACUCCGCUCUAUCUCGACGCGCACGUUUUGGCGCCCAGCGUCAUCUCCGUUCUCGCUGUGAUGCUGGCGAUCGCCGGAGUGUGCUUCUGCCUCAAGACACAUCCGGAGGGAUCCGGAGGCGCGAACGACCCGAGCUCGCAGACGCAGGUCGCCCUGGACAACAAGCAUAAUAUGGAGCAGAGGGAACAGUACUACGCCACCGUGAGGAAGCCGGGACAGCAGUCGCCCUGCCGCGAGGUGAGCGCCCUGGAACGAAUACCCGAGUAUUCGGAAGACAUUUAUCCGUAUGCCACCUUCAAUCUGCCCGAGCAGGAAAAUCUUUCGGCGAAUCCCAUGAGACAGGCGUUCUUCUACGAACGCAGCGAGACGAUGCUGCAAGGCGCUCAAUGCGACGUGGACCAGUACACGAAGGUACGUGGUCGAGCGCGGCGCAAGUCGAAGUCGUUCAAGUCGGAGUCGGAGGAGUACGACACCCUGGGCUCGGACAGCGACACCGAGGUCGGCACCAGCAGUCGUACCGAGUCGUCGAAUCAUCUGGACGACUCCGGCCCGACGUCGAUAAUGGCCCGCUCGCCGGGGCCGAACUCUAUGAAUCAGCGGGAGCAGCGGCUCGCCCUGGUGCAGCGACCGGUUCAUCAUAAUGUGCUGUACCACACGCACGAAUCAAGUACAUCAACCGAGCCGUCACCAAUUUCUGAGAGAAAGACUUUCCCGAGGCUCGAAAAGCAACGGAGUCGCGGUGCGAUCGACGUCGCGAUCGACGGUCGCAUUCCCGGUAUACUGCGACCAGUGUUGAAGCUAUCGGAGUCCGGAGUGCAUUCGUACUCGCGAGGAGCGUCGCCGAGUCGUCCGGUGCGUCCUGGUUUCUACGACAGGCUGGAGAAGGAGCCGGCGAGCACCAGGAAGUCCGUCGAGUCGCUCUGCCUCCUGGAGGAGCCGGCGGGCACGUUCAGAAUGAUGAGGAGGGACGACGAUUGGGGCAGCGAGCUGUCUACGUUGGAAUUGAAGCCACCGAGCGGCUUCACCGACGUCCACGAGACCAGUGAAGCCGAGUGCGACAUCGAUAUGAAGCUGAAGCUACAUAGGAAACGACCGAGCGGACUCCACUCGAACAGCUCGCUCUCCAAAUCGCCCAAGGAUUUCACUAUCACCGUCUAAGUGUUUCUAAUCAAAUAUCAAAACCAAAAAA